UUAAUGGUAUAAAUCACAAAACAGAAAAGGUAUGAAAAUGACUUAAAGUGAUGAAUAUAAGUAAAAUGUUAUUUAAAAGUUACAUCAAAGUAUGGAAAAUGUUUGACUGUUUUUGAAGUUGUAUAUUCUUUCUAACAGCAAUUUUGCAUACAAAUAAUAGAUAUUUCACAUUGUGUUCAGUAUAUAUAAACUGAUUUUUAGGCCAUGUCUGAGGAGUUUGCACAAACACUCCCCCAUAUUUCAACAGCCCCAUGGGGUCAUCAGCCUCCCAUGGUUUGGGCCCAAUAAUUUUACAAGUUUCCAGCUUGUCCCAAAAUGUGCUCCAGAGGACUCAGGAACUUCCCAGAUGAACCAGGAGCUGCCCAGCAGACCCAGAAACUCCCCAGAUGAUCCAAACCUACCUGGAGGAUCCAGGGGCUGUGAAUCUUCUCACUUAUCAUUAUAAUCCAAACCAACAGAGUCCAGCCUGGGAAAACCACUGUGGAACAGAAACAACCACGUUCUACCAGUGUCCUGAAGGAAGGCAGGAAUGGCAGCAGGACUUAAGCACCUUGCUUUGCCUUAAGCACCUGGAACUGCACCUGUGGUCAGAAAAGCAGUAGGCAGGGAGGUGAAAUAUUCAGAGGCAUUCAAAGACUGACUCCUUUAUCCAGUGCCUCUGUUAAGUCAAGCUUACAGCACCAGUUCAUAUCAGUACAGAGCUGAGCCUAAGGGGAUCCUGACCAGAAUCACAUCUAAACCCAGCUUCAGCCAGAACUUCACAGCAAUUCAAAGAAUUUCAGCAGUUUGUACCUUUUAUGAGAUGAACUAAUUGUGGUAUUCUUAGGAAAAAAGAUACCUCGAGGAAAAGGCAGGCUUGAAUUUGUUUUCAGUAUUUCCUUGCAAUCACUUUAGGAAGGAAACCUUUUAAAUUCAACUAAAGCCAAAGAGACACUUUUAAAAAGGAAAAUUGCAACAGCUCAACUCUGCAUUUUUUGCCUUUGCCUCCUGCAUGAGUUCUCCUGUGUCUUGCUCUGAAUUCUAAAUGGGAAAAUGAUGGACUUCUUAACUGUGCCUAGAACCCCUUGGGACACUUGGGAGCCCACCCAGACCGUUCCCCUUUGUGACAUGGGGCUGUGUGUGCCCAGAGCCCAUUGUGACACCUGGGGCUGUGCCCAGACCAGGUGGGUAUAAAAAGGCACAGAGAUCCCAGGAGAUCAGCUCCAGCAGGAGACAGCAGCUCCUGGGGGAAGGCAGAGUCAGAGCAACUCCUCGAUAUCCAUGGAUAAGGAGUCGAGCACCGACACGAAGCCCAAGAAGACGUUGCUGAUGUUCAGGAGGAGGCAGAAGAUACCCAACUCUGAGUCCUGGGCAGCAGCUGAGGAGGCCGAGGAGCACCAUGACUCCCGUGCAGCCCCUGGCAUGCAGGCAGCAGCAGCAGAGAGCCGGGAAGCAGCUCCACACAGCCCCGGGGCCUGCUGCCCGGCUCUGCUGCAUUCACUGCAGCGCGGCUCCCGGGCCAUCCUCAGCAGGGUGGCGGCCACGAUCCGGCGAUGCAGCCAGCAGCCGGGGACACAGAAAUCCGGGUCACACCUGCAUCGGGCCACGGAGGCAGUGUCAGCAGCAGCAGCUCCUGCAGCAAGGGCAGAGAGAUGGGCACAGGCCUCGCACAGCCCCUGCUGCCCCCUCACUGCCCUGCCCAGCCCGCCGGGAGCUGUCGGGGGGCAGGGGGCAGGAGCAGCAGUGGGGACAGUCCUGGAAACAUCAGGGCAUGAGAAGGUCUGCUUCAGCCUGGAGCCAGACUGGGAAUGGGACAGCCCCAGAGAGCUGUCCCAGGAGGAAUACGACCCAGAGCAGGGCUGCAGCAGUGGAGAAGUGAGAUCCCCUGUGAGGCCACACGAGGCCUGGGCAGAGCACUGGAACCUUCCCUCAUGCUCAGCUGCAGGCCAAGCCUCAGCUUCGCCCGGCAGAGCCCUUCCCAGCUGGGAAGAGGACUCCAUUUCAGAAACAAUGCUGGCUGGCUUGCCCCCCAGCCCCUCACCCAGGCAGGUGGAGGCUCGCAGGCAGUGGGCAAUAGCAGCAGCGAGGAUACUCCUGCCAGGGCUGCAGAACGUGGAGGAGGACGCCUCAGAGGAGGGAGAAGCCAGCAGCAGCGGGGAUGAGAGCGACUACAUGUCCUGUAAUUAUGAACCGAGUCACCUGGAGCCUUGCAAAGGCAGAGGACUCUUAGAGCUUUCUCCUCAAACCAGAGAUGAGCCAGCUGCCAAAUGGGAAGACAGGAGCACGGAAGAGCUGUCAGAUAAGAGGAAUGUCAUCACUAUCCACACUAUCUGGGUAAACCCUCGCUACCCACAGCUCCUGAUGGACCCUGACUUGCUGCUAGAAGAAGAGGAAGAUGCUGAGCUGCCCAGCACAUCUCAUGCCCUGGCAGCUCCCGGGGACACCCAGCCAGCAGGUGCUGCCCCAGCUGGAGGUUCUGAGGACAAGGAGCACCCUGUGCACACCACUGCUCAGCCAUAAGAGGUGGCAAAGACAGAAGCUUCUGCAGCCUCUGUCACGCAGGAGCAGCAGCAGAGAGCCGGGCAGCAGCCCUGCACAGCCCCAGGGCUCAUGGCCGGGCUCUGCUGCACUCACUGCAGCACCACCCUGAGCAGGAUGGUGGCUGUGACCCAGCGAUGCUGGGGACACAGAGACACCUGCAUCAGGGCACAGAGGCAGCGAAGGCAGCAGGAUCCCCCACAGCAGACAGCAUGGCCCCUGGAAGCUGUCCAUAGGCAGGGGACAGGGGCAAAAGCAGAUCCACACCUGUCAGUGCCACCAACCGAGGAGCUCUGAGGCUCCAAGGAACCCAGGACUGUCCACAGCGUGGCCAGAGACACCUGAGCUGCAGCUCUGAGGAAGAAGUGCCUUGCUUCCCCUGCCAUGCCUGCCCUGGCCUUGCGGGAACACGAGGAGAAAAAAAUAGGAAAUUAGUGGUGCCUGCUAGAAAUAAAGAUAACAGGAUGAAAACCAUCUCAUGCCUUCUAUUCCUGUUGAAUUAAUAAAUUACACAAUGGCAUUCAACAUAGCAAGUGAUAUAUGGAAGUUAAGGGAUUAACCUUAAGAGUUUUAAAGGUUUAAACUAGAGAUUACUUUUUUAAAGAGAAGUGUUCAGAAGCCCAUUUUGUUUCUGAUAGAUAAUAUUAUUCAAUGGUUUGUCUGGAAUAUGUUCCUCUGGAAUAAGUUCCUUAGGCCCUUAUGUUGUAGCUGUUGCUAAUUUAGAAGAAGUUAGAUAAGAUGUUUCUGCUGAAAUGAAAGGACAGAAUUAAUAAAUCAGAAGUGCAUUUUUAUUUUU